AUGUUUGAGAACACUUUGUUUGUGGUCCUCUAUGAGCGCCAGUCGCAUUGAUUGUUGUUAGCAACGAAGCUAAGCGCUAAAUGUUGUGGUCGUAACAUUUUCAGAGUUAAUAGAAGGAAUCUCUGAUUGCAAACAUGAAUUUAGAGUUACUCGAAUCGUUUGGUCAGAACUACCCCGAGGAGGCAGAUGGCACCCUCGACUGUAUCAGUAUGGCCCUCACCUGCACCUUCAACCGCUGGGGCACCCUGCUGGCGGUGGGCUGCAACGACGGGCGCAUCGUCAUCUGGGACUUCCUCACGCGAGGCAUCGCUAAGAUCAUCAGUGCCCACAUACACCCCGUGUGCUCCUUAUGCUGGAGUCGAGAUGGCCACAAGCUGGUCAGCGCCUCAACCGACAAUAUCGUGUCUCAGUGGGACGUCCUGACGGGGGACUGCGACCAGAGAUUCCGGUUUCCAUCGCCAAUUCUAAAACUCCAGUAUCAUCCAAGAGACCUGGACAAAGUUCUGGUCUGUCCCAUGAAGUCGGCCCCAGUGUUGUUGACGCUGUCAGAUUCCAAACACGUGGUCCUGCCUGUGGACGACGACUCAGACCUCAACGUGGUGGCCGCCUUUGACAGACGGGGAGAGUUCAUUUACACUGGAAACGCCAAGGGAAAGAUCCUGGUCCUGAACACUAACACCCAGGAGCUGGUAGCCUCCUUCAGGGUCACCACAGGCACCAGCAACACAACCGCCAUCAAGUCCAUUGAGUUUGCACGCAAGGGCAGUUGUUUCCUCAUCAACACGGCGGACCGGAUCAUCAGGGUGUACGACGGCAGGGAGAUCCUCACGUGUGGCAAGGACGGGGAGCCAGAGCCCCUGCAGAAGCUCCAGGAUCUGGUCAACAGAACUCCCUGGAAGCGCUGCUGCUUCUCUGGAGACGGAGAGUACAUUGUGGCCGGCUCCGCCCGGCAGCAUGCGCUGUACAUCUGGGAGAAGAGCAUCGGCAACCUGGUGAAGAUCCUGCACGGGACCAGGGGGGAGCUGCUGCUGGACGUGGCGUGGCAUCCUGUGCGACCAAUCAUCACCUCCAUCUCCAGUGGCGUUGUGUCCAUCUGGGCCCAGAACCAAGUGGAAAACUGGAGUGCCUUCGCCCCGGACUUCAAAGAGCUGGACGAGAACGUGGAGUACGAGGAGAGGGAGUCUGAGUUUGACAUUGAAGACGAGGACAAGAGUGAACCGGAGCAGACGGGUGGAGAUGCUGCGGAAGAUGAGGAGGUGGAUGUCACCACUGUGGACCCCAUUAUUGCAUUUUGCAGCAGUGAUGAGGAGCUUGAGGACUACAAAGCCUUGCUGUACCUGCCAAUCGCCCCAGAGGUGGAGGACCCAGAGGAGAACCCUUUCGGACCCCCACCCGAGGCCUCUGGUCAGGUGACCCCCACAGAGGAGGGCCUGGGGACGGGCGACAAGAAGCAGCGGCAGCCCUCGGCCGAUGGAGGGCCGGCUAAGAAGAAGGCCCGCACCACGACCAUAGAGCUGCAGGGAGUGCCCAGUGACGAGGUGCACCCCCUGCUGGGCGUGAAAGGGGACGGCAAGUCCAAGAAGAAGACGGCGGGACGGCCCAAAGGCUCCAAAGGUAAAGAGAAAGACUUCUCCUUCAGGCCCAAGGCCUACCGCGCGGCGGACCGGGGGGGCGAUCGGCCCGUCCCCUCCGCUGAGGCUCCGUCUGGGACGGGGGCUGCAGGAGGAGGAGGAGGAGGGACGAAGGGCAGAGUGGAAGGAGGCGUGGCCGGGGGUCAGGACGCUGCUGCCCACAGGAGUCUGGUUUCACAGUCAUACAAACAACAUGAUAUUGGCGGUAUGGAUUGAUCUUUGCACCAAAAGAUCUGGAAAAACUACAGGCUGAACCAUAGAGCUCCUCUCUACGUUUAGCCUUCAAACCCCCGGAAAACACAAUUUAACUUUUUAGAAAAAUCCUGUGAAUAAAGUAAAAAUAAUUCUUAAUUUGCUUUCUGUUGAGCAGUGUGUGCGAUCUCUUAAUCUCUUUUAUUGAUAAGAUAAUCUGAACAGCCAUUGUCCUUUUUGUACGUUUUUUUAUAAGUAUAUAUUAAAGCUGUGGUUAUUAUUUU